AAUAGUUCUUAUGCGGAAAUUAGCAACACGGAAUUAAUUCGUGACCAACAACAACAAUCAUAUCGCGACUGUACGAAUUAACUUGCAUAUGUAGCAAAUUAAGUUAAACACACGGGAGCAACCCACACAAUAUCAUACAAAUCUGUCUGUGAAGGAUAAGUCUAGACGGAUAAAUGUCUGAUGUACCAGGUAUACCUUUUUCGUCUUGGGCUGGCCUUUGCUUGAAAAUUAAGUGCAGCCAGCCAACCAACCAGCUAACUUAACUAGCUACAUUGCUAGCUAGCUGCCUAGUUAAAGCUAGCUAACUAAAGCGUUCACCAUUGUGGUUAGCUACUUGUAAAUAUUAACUUGACAUGGAUUUGUUUCGUAUUUUCCAGGAACUUCUAACAGAGAAGAGGUCGAGGACAACACCCCCGAACCAGAGGUAAGAAAUACUACAGCUGUGUUUAGAAACUGUCCGUGUGUGUGCAUGCCUUGCCCCAUGGAUACCUGGCUGGCUAACGUUAGCCAAGAACUAGCUAGUAGCCACGACUAGUUUGUCAGGCACACGGUUAGUAGAGAACCUAUCAUGACUUGUCAAAUCAAAUUGUAUUGGCCACAAGCGCCGAAUACAACAGGUUGCAGACAUUACAGUGAAAUGUUUACUUACAGCCCUUAACCAACAGUGCAUUUAUUUUAGAAUAAAAUAAAACAACAACAAAAAAGUGUUGAGAAAAAAAGAGCAGAAGUAAAAUAAAAUAACAGUAGGGAGGCUAUAUAUACAAGGGGGUACCUGUGCAGAGUCAAUGUGCGGGGCACCAGCUAGUUGAGGUAGUUGAAGCAAUAUGUACAUGUGGGCAGAGUUAAAGUGACCAUGCAUAAACAAUUAACAGAGUAGCAGCAGCAGCUUAAAAAUAUGGGGUGGGGGUGGGGGGGCAGUGCAAAUAGUCCGGGCAGCCAUGACUAGCUGUUCAGGAGUCUUAUGGCUUGGGGGUAGAAGCUGUUGAGAAGUCUUUUGGACCUAGACUUGGCACUCCGGUACCGCUUGCCGUGCGGUAGAAGAGAGAACAGUCUAUGACUAGGGUGGCUGGAGUCUUUGACAAUUUUGAGGGCUUUCCUCUGACACCGCCUGGUAUAGAGGUCCUGGAUGGCAGGAAACUUGACCCCAGUGAUGUACUGGGCCGUACGCAAUACCCUCUGUAGUGCCUUGCGGUCGGAGGCCGAGCAGUUGCCAUACCAGGCGGUGAUGCAACCAGUCAGGAUGCUCUCGAUGGUGCAGCUGUAUAAUUUGCAUGCAAUACAAUGUACAUCAUCUUAUGAUGUGCAUAAAACCAAGCAAGGAUUAUAUUGUAAUGUCCUUGAUCAAACUAAUGUUUCCAUGUUUACACUGAAUUUCCUCUUGAUUUCUGCUAGGAGCAGUCAGACAAUAGCAGUGACGACGGCGAGGCAUCAGGGGACACAGAGAGUAGGUGUCAAGGUUUUGCUUUUAACAUGAAAGUCUCAUAUUUUCAUCAGAAUAAUUAUUUGUUCCUUUCGUACAGUGGAUUUCCUGCGCAAUCUCUUCUCUAAAACCUUGGGCAUAUCUGGAGAGAAGGUUUUGGAUGAGUUGACUCUUGAGGGGGUGGCCAGUUACAUACAGAGUGGCAAAUGUGAGUCUUUUAUUCAUCUAUAACCCAGUGUGCACACAUUUCAUGUAGGGGUUAUUGACUAUGUAGCCCAGCAAACAGUGCAUCUGGCAACAUCUAGGCCUAGUUGUAUAAAUAAGUCAUUAGUCAACCCAAGAAAGUAGACUGUAUUAUGAAUAACAUCUGUCUAGCCUGAGGCCAUAUCAUUUGCUUGCUGAACAACAUACCAAGAUUUAAGUAUGUUACUACAACCACCUGACUAUGUGACACUGCUUCAUUGGAUAACAAAUGCUACAAUCCAGGAAAAAAAAAUAUUCUCUCUGUUCCUCUAUCCUCCACAGGCAAAAACAUAAUCUGUAUGGUGGGGGCAGGGAUCUCUACAUGUGAGUAACUCCCCCUCUUGCAUAACUGUGGGCUGAACAUAACAUAAUUAGUCUAGAAAUGUUUUGUUUUGUUGGACAUAUAAGACACAUAGCCUAAAUACAAAUAGAUUUCCCUCGAAAUUGGAUGUACAAUGUAUCCACCACUUUUGUGACGAUGACACUUUCCCUCUGUCCCCCUCAGCGGCUGGGAUCCCUGACUUCCGCUCCCCAGACACGGGGCUCUAUGCCAACCUGCAGAAGUACAACCUGCCCUACCCUGAGGCCAUCUUCCAGAUAGACUACUUUAAGGUCUGACCACUUUCUGUCGGAUUCUUUUGGCUUAAGCUUGCUACACUAACGAUCUACACAGAUUAUUUUGUUCUUUGCUGCUAUCACUACUCAAGAUUUACCUCUCUCUUUCUACAUCAGAAACACCCUGAGCCUUUCUUUGCCCUGGCCAGGGAGCUGUAUCCAGGACAGUUUAAGGUAGGAUCUAGCCUAUUUUCUGGACUUUAAUUUUCUUAACUUAAUUUCCUGAAUGAUGCAAUAGGUGCCUGUGUAUUUUUUUUGAUAUCACUAACAGCAGUGUUGUUGUAUGUUAAGCCCACAGUAUGUCACUACUUCAUCAAGUUGCUGAAGGACAGGGGGCUACUCAAACGCUGCUACUCACAGGUUAGGUAUUCUUUCAUAUACUUUAUUAUGUGUCUGAGUUAGUCACCUACAGCCUGUAUUGAAUUGUUAUUGGGGUCGUCCAUUUCUGUCUGGGCAGAAUAUUGACACCCUGGAGCGUGUGGCAGGACUGGAGGGAGAGGACCUGAUUGAAGCCCAUGGCACCUUCUACACCUCACACUGUGUCAGCUUUAUGUGCCGCAAAGAGUACGACUUGGACUGGAUGAAAGGUUAGUGUAUGUGGUAUGGUAAUUUCUAACUGGGAUGGUUUAACAAAACACUGUUCUAUAUCGUGGAGCUCCGCCCCAUAGGGGAGCUCUGCUCCUAUUGGUUUACCCUCUGCCCUAAGGCAGCAUCAGCCUGAGACAAAAUUAUGCACACACCUGCAGCCAAUAGGAGUACAGGUGUCCCUAUAAGAGGGGAUGCCUCCCCUCAAUCUGCCUCCCUUUAUCUUCAGCGACUGGACGACUAGACUGAAGAGACAAGAAGAGACGACGCACGAAGACUCAGGACGAAAACGCCGUUGAUAUCCAGUCAUCAACGUCGUCUAAAUGAGCACACCGGGAGAUUUCCCACCCCCAAAAGCUAUUUUCAGAGCUCAGUGCAGAUGCACUUCCAUGGCGGCCGGUGACCACCACGACCUAUGUUUCGUGUGUUUGGGAUCCCAGCAUGCCAAGGAAGGCGUCUGCAGUCCCCCGAAUUGCGCCUCCUGCGCCCUCCUUUCUUUAAAGGAGAGGAAGCAGCGUUGGGCGUUUUUCAGGGAGGACAUCCCCCUUGAGGACGUGCUGUCUAUACUAGCCUCUGCUUCAGAGGCGUCGUCUGACGGCGCAGACUCGGGGGAAGAUAGGGACUUUGAGGAGGAGUCUGGCGUUCCGAUGGAACAGUCAGACCCCAUCCCUCAUACUUUCAAGCCCCCCUUUCCUUUGGGAAGCGAGAGGGCUUGCAGUCCCUAUAGCGAAGGGGACACGAGCUCUGAGAGAUCAGAAGCUCUGUCUUUCGCUGCAGCCUCUCUGAGAGCGGAUUUUCCGGGUCUCAUUGAGAGAGCUGCUAGACGUCUGGAUAUAAAGCUGCCCCCUCUUCCCUCCGCACCGGAGGUUGAUAUGAUGGAGGGCGGACCUUAUUCCAGGCCAAGGAGGGCGGCAGAGCCAGUGGCUCCUGCCAUGCCUUCUUUGGCUAGAUACGUUGAGGGCUCGUGGGAGGCACCUUUAGCGGCGCAUUCGCCAGUAAAAGCGUACCUCCCAUUCACGAGAGUGGAAGGAAGGUUCCAGGGUCAGGGAAUCCCCAGGUUAGAGAGCGCCAUGGCGGCGUAUCUCGUACCGGGUUCGAGUCCUUGGCCCUCUUCCAAGAAGGCCACGUUGCCAUCCCAGAAGGACCGUCUAACAGCAUCGCUGUUAGAGAAGUCCUUCGGGUUGGGAGCCCAAGCUGUAGCAGCAGCUAAUAACAUUGCCCUCUUGGCGGCCGCUCUGUCCCGUUUAACCACGGGUAAGACAGAGCUGGCACCGGAGGAGGUGGAGGAGGCGUCCAGAAUUUCUGGUGCCAUACUUCACCUAACACAGGCGUCUGCAGUCUGCGCGGGGAGGUCCAUGGCCACUUCGGUGGUCGGGGAACGACACCUCUGGUUGUCUUUGACUUCCAUGAAGGAGGCAGACAGGACGUCUCUACUGAACGCUCCCCUCUCUGACGACGGCCUCUUUGGGGUCGCAGUCAAAGAGGCGACGGAGCUUUUCUCAAAACUGGAGGAGGACAAGAAACAGCUGGCCAAGCACCUGCCAUUGGCAGGACGACUGGGCCCGGCUCCGUCACAGAGGCCAUCUACCUCCGCCCCUCAAAGUAGACCGGGGUCUACAGCGAGGCGGCGUAAUCGGCGUCAUCCGGCGGCUGCGGGCAGCAAGGGAACGGGCCCCGCCCUUCCAGCAGCCACAGUAGCCCCACUACAGCCGGCGAGGGAGGUGACGAGGACGCCGACCUGGCCCUCCAAGGGAGGCAAGAGGAGGCGUACAUGACGGGACGCGGGGGAGAGAAUGGAGGAUCCUUCGUCUUCGAACGUAUCCACUGUUCCCCCCCACCCUUCGGUUGAAGGGAUGGGUGAUAUGAUUGCUUUUGUUGAUGUAUGCAAUAAAGAGUUGGCUCCACCUGACCUUGUCAAAAAAGAGCCCCUUUUCCAUAAUACGUCCGAGAGCGUUCAAAUCUCACCCUCUCUUCCUUACCACUCUAAGAGCCGUUCAGCCCACCAAGGGUGCGUUGCUGAACAGGCACUUAGAGUAGGUACCCAUAACACUUCAUGUAUAAGAAGUGCUUUACAUAGCAGGCAGCAGUCUCUGUCAGAUUCUGACAUGAUGACGCAACCGCUAUUUGGGGAUGGCGCACUAGCACAGACUAAGGUCUCUGCUAGUACGAGCCAGACCCAUGCUGCGUUCAAGGAGGGUCCGAUUACCGCGGUCACGAAGGUGUCCAGAGUAUCGGCGCCCCCAGACAUUGUGACACAGCAGCUAUCUGGGGAUGGCGCACUAUCGCAGACCAAGGUCUCGGUUAGUGCGAUUCAGACCCAUGCUACGUUCACGGAGGGCCGGAUUACUAGGGUUAUGGGAAUAACCAACGUAUCGGCUCCUCUGACAGAACGAGCUAGUACUCACCACACUGAGUGUGAAUCAACCCACCAGGGGUGCAGAGUUGAACACACACAGAAGGUGAAGGUUAAGAGGGUAUCAAGGCGCUGCCUUGUUUUACCCCAUAGAGACCUCAUACUACAGACUUCUAGGAGUACUGUAGUGAAGGGCUCUAAUAGCGAAUUGCAGUCACCUAAGAUGACGCAAUCGCUUGCCGGGGAUGGUGCCCUGUCGCAGGCUGUGGCCUCGGUCAGUGCAAUUCAGACCCGCGAUGCGUUCAAGGAGGGCAGGAAUACGACGGUUACGAGUUUAACCGACGUCUCUGCUCCUCUUUCUCUCUCAGAACGCAUUGAUGGUUCCUCUCCCUUUCACGGGAGGCCCACCUUGGGCUGUUCCACCACUUCAGUGUUGGGGAACAGUGGCGGUAAGGGCCAUAGAGGAAUACAGGUCCUUCCUACUGGAUGCACCACAGCUUCGUGCUCAGCCGCUUUCUCUGCAUUGCUGGCAGUGGCGAAGAAGCUGUACCCUCUCACGCUGGCUAGAACAGACGUUGCAGAAGGGUUAUGCUCUCCAAUUCCACCAGACCCCACCCCCGUUCAGGGGAGUGGUGGAGACGGUGAUGAAAACGCCAGACAAAGUGGCCGCUCUGAUGUCAGAGAUUACGGAACUUUUGGCGAAGGAGGCGGUCACAGUAGUUCCCCGGGAGCAAAGGAACAAGGGGCUAUAUUCACCUUAUUUCCUAGUGCCCAAAAAGACGGGGGGAGUGAGGCUGAUUUUGGAUUUACGCAUUCUCAACGAGAGCAUAAACAAACGGCCCUUCCGAAUGCUAACGACAAAACGUCUGCUGGAAUGUGUCCAGAGAGGGGACUUUUGUACGAGCAUAGACCUAAAGGACGCGUACUUUCAUGUGCCGGUUCAGCCGCGUCACAGGAAGUUUCUGCGGUUCGCCUUUCAAGGGGUGGCGUACGAAUACACGAGGAUGCCAUUUGGGUACGCCCUGGCACCUCGCACAUUUUCCAAGUGUGUGGAGGCGGCAUUGGAACCGUUGUGUCGUCAGGGAAUACGGCUACUAGCCUACCUGGACGACCUACUGGUUCUCGCCCCGUCAGCAGAGCUGGCGAUCACUCACACAACACAGACAGUGAUGCAUCUCACAAGUCUGGGGUUUGCUGUGAAUUGGAAAAAGAGCGCGCCCUGGCCCACUCAUCAGAUUGUCUACCUGGGGAUACAGCUAGACACUGUGAGGAUGAGGGCUCGAAUUUCGGACCCCCGAAGGGUAGCCUUGUUGCUAGCCCUGAGGAAGUGUCGUCCGAAUCACACGGUGACGGCGCUGUCGAUCAUGUCACUUUUGGGUCUCAUGUCGUCAGCCCACUCUGUGGUUCCGCUGGGACUCCUGCAUAUGCGCAGGAUGCAGCGAUGGUUCGCCCAACUAAGACUAGACCCAUUGCGUCAACGUCAUCGGUUGGUGGUGGUUCCACUCUCGCUCAGUGCAGACCUGAACUAUUGGAGAAACCCGCGCGUUCUUACGCACGGAGUCCCGAUAGGCAAGGUGUCCUCCUACAUCCCAGUGUUCACGGAUGCGUCUCUGACGGGAUGGGGAGGGACAUGUCAGUCUCAAGCGAUAGGAGGUGUGUGGCCUCUCUCGAGUCGUCACAUCAACCUCUUGGAGUUGGAAACGGUUCGACUGGUUCUGACCCACUUCGCGUCUACCCUUCGGGGUCGCGAUGUGCUGGUCUGGUCAGACAACCGGACCACAGUAGCUCACAUAAAUCGCCAGGGAGGAGUCAGGUCUCCUGCUCUCCAUCAGGUCUCCUGCUCUCCAUCGGGCGGCAGAGGAAUUGUGGCUGUGGGCUCACGAGCACCUUCGCUCAUUGAGAGCAGCACACAUUCCGGGCUACUUGAACGUAGGAGCAGACCUCAUGUCAAGAGGGGGUCCUCGAGACGACGAGUGGUGUCUGCAUCCGGACAUUGUUCUCCAAAUUUGGGAACAAUUCGGGAGAGCCGAGGUGGACCUAUUCGCGUCACGCGUGAACGCGCAAUGUCCUCUGUGGUUCUCUCUGAGGGAACAGGACGAACCGCCACUGGGAAGAGACGCCUUCGCGCACCAACCGUGGCCGAGAGUUCUCCUGUAUGCAUUCCCUCCGCUGUCCUGCAUUCUCCCACUGUUAGCCAGGGUGAGGUCAGGAGGGCUGUCAGUGAUACUGAUAGCCCCCGAUCGCCCGGGGGCUCCUUGGUUUGCGGAGAUGAGUCAGAUGUUGAUUGCGCCACCUUGGCCAAUUCCACAUCGACGGGACAUGUUGUCUCAGGCGGGAGGCACGAUAGGGAGAUUGCCCAUAAUCGGCCAACCACUGAAGGCCUGGCUGCUGAGAGGGACAGGCUAGAGCGCCGUGGGUUAUCUGAUGCAGUGAUCAGGACCAUACAGGGUUCACGUGCCAGUUCCACUUCUAAGAUGUAUGCCAGUAGAUGGAACGUGUUUUCACGAUGGUGUGUCACACAAGGUGUAGACCCCAUGAGCUGUCAGGUGGAGAGUAUUCUCUCUUUUCUACAGCUCAUGUUUGAUAAGCAAUGAUCGCCUGCCACUAUUAGGGUGUUUGCAGCAGCGAUUUCAGCUUGUCAUGAGGGGUUUGGCAGAGACAAUGUCUUUAGCCACCCUCUAGUGAAACGCUUCCUAUUAGGAACGCGGCGACUUAGGCCAACACUUAGAGUCACACUUCCUCAGUGGGAUUUGGCUUUGGUACUCGAAGCGCUAUGUAAGUCGCCGUUUGAGCCAUUGAAUCAAAUACCCCUCAAGAUGCUGUCUAUGAAGACAGCACUGUUGCUCGCUUUGACUACAGCUAAGCGGGUCAGUGAUUUGUGUGCUCUUUCGACGAGACCUGACUGCCUGGCCAUCAAUGGUGACCUGAGCAGAGCAGUGUUACGUCCUAACCCGGCAUUUGUGCUGAAGGUUAUUAAGAGUUCAUAUAGGUCACAGACCGUGGAGCUGUGGGCAUUUUCUCCUCCUCCUCAUAGAGAGAGGAGUGAGGAAAAGCUCCAUCGCCUGUGCCCAGUACGCGCUUUGGCGUGUUACGUCGAGCGCACAGCAGCGAUUAGGUCAUCGCCUCAGUUGUUUGUGUGUCACGGUGCGGCUGCACUAGGUAGACCACUUUCAAAACAGCGAUUGUCUCACUGGCUUUGAGAAGGCAUUGAGACAGCUUACGAGGCAGCGGGGCGACAAUUGCCUCAGGGUAUCAGAGCUCACUCCACUCGUGGAGUAGCAGCUUCUACUGCCCUUUUCAGAGGAACAGGGGUAGAGGAUAUCUGUAGAGCAGCAUCAUGGUCGACGCCGUCUCCAUUUAUCCGUUUUUAUCUCUUAGAUAUGUCUUCUAACUCUCUGGCUCGAUCUGUACUCAGCGUGGCUGAAGGGAGAUCUUGAGCAAGAAAGAGAGGAGAAGCUGGACUGUGGACACAGGUUUCCAUCAGGUCCGCUUUGGUAGGAAGACGUGUUUUUGAUAGAUAUGUUUUCUAACUCUUUGGCUCGGUCUGUACUCAGCAUAGCUGAAGGGAGAUCUUGAGCUAGGAAGAGAGGAAAAAGCAGGACUAUGGACAAGGUUUCCAUCAGGUCCGCUUUGGAUAAGAAAGCAUAUUUUGUGGCAUGACUCCUGACUGACAGGUUCAGUACAGUAGAGGCAUGUGUUGAUUUGACAGAAUGUGAGGUCAUCUAUCUGCUUGUUCAGUUUUAGUAUGACCCAUGUUUUGUUCCUGCCCACUAAUCUCUGGGAUUCCAUUGAAUGAGUGAGGUGGUCUACCGCGUUCACAAUGUAGAGUGACACUUGGUGUCAUUCCAUUAGUGGUCGGUAGUGUUUUCACAGGAUAUUGAGGCACAUCUAUCUGCUAGUACAGAUUAGGUAUGGCUUCUAUUCUGGUGAUCUGCCCACUAGUCAUUGGCAUUGCCAUUGGACUUGGUGGGGCGGGUCUUUUAACCGAUGACGCGGUAUAUUGUGACGCCCGUAUGGGUUUUUAGUUGCAGUACUGCGGGACUUGGUUGCAGCCAUUGCUAGGUCUGACCUUUUCGUUUCGAUGGGAAGUGUUGGGCUCGGCAGGGAGUACAUUUUGGAGCGCUACGCUCCGCCUUAAACCAAUAGGAGCAGAGCUCCCCUAUGGGGCGGAGCUCCACGAUAUAGAACGAUUAGUUACCGGAGUGUAACUCCAGUUCUAUGAGUGGAGUGGAGCCCCAUAGGACUUAAGGCCCUGCCGACCCUCUCUAGUCUCGCUGAAGAUAAAUAUCUCGGGAGGCAGAUUGAGGGGAGGCAUCCCCUCUUAUAGGGACACCUGUACUCCUAUUGGCUGCAGGUGUGUGCAUAAUUUUGUCUCAGGCUGAUGCUGCCUUAGGGCAGAGGGUAAACCAAUAGGAGCAGAGCUCCCCUAUGGGGCUCCGCUCCACUCAUAGAACUGGAGUUACACCCCGGUAACUAAUCGUUAUACCACCUAGGCAGACACUCAUUUACAUGUAUAUGCUAAUUAAGUUGUCAUUUAAAAGGAAUGGUGCAAUUAAAAUAAUUGUUGAAUUAUGAUCUCUUUUACCUCUGACCUGCAGAGAAAAUCUUCUCUGAUGACAUCCCAAAAUGUGACAAGUGCAGCAAUCUGGUUAAACCAGGUGAGUGCUUGCCUGAUCAUUUCCUUUCACUUCUCAUCUAUCCUUACUUGAAUAUGCUCUCUCCCUUUUUCAGUUCCUCAUAGUUCAAAGUUCUUACUGACCCGUGUGUGAUACUUUUUUUUGGUAAAAUACUUGAUUUCUCCUUGUUCUCCAUUUUCAGAUAUUGUUUUCUUUGGUGAGAAUCUACCAAAGAGGUUCUUCACCUCAAUGGCCAUGGUUAGUGUGGUUUGGGUGGUGACCUGAUAGACUACAUUGAGUUUGUAUGUCUUUGUCUUUUCCAUGUAUGUGCAGAUGUGUGUGUGUGUGUGUGUGUGUGUGUGUGUGUACAACCAUAAUGAAGUGAUUAACCAUAAUGAAAGGUACAGUACUGGUUCCAGUUACCAUCUCUCUCCUGUUUCUUUUUUCCACCAGGACUUUCCUCGCUGUGAUCUGCUGAUUAUAAUGGGGACCUCCCUGCAGGUUCAGCCCUUUGCUGCUCUGGUUGGCAGGCGAGUCUUUGUGUCUGACUCUUUUCACAGGAUCAUGAUUAUAAUGCUAUCUGAUAGACUACUAUUGGUAUAGUAUUGCGUUUCAACAUGUCCUCUUCAACCAUAUAUUCUAGCAUCAACGAGCUCAUAAAUGGUGUGUGAUGGAAUAUGUGUUUGUGUUUGCAGGGUUUCAAACAGCUGCCCCAGACUGCUCAUUAACCUGGAGAAAGCAGGCGGUGUAAGUCCUCUGUCCUUUCCCUGUCUAUCUGUAUUUGCAUUAGACUUUCCUUCCUCUAUUCACCUCUGUAUUUUAACUUGUACAUCUUUCUGUCUGUAUCUCCCUGUAGGCAGAUCCUCUGUUAGGGAUGAUAGGCAUUGGCGGAGGGAUGGACUUUGACUCAGAGAAAGCAUACAGGUGUGAAGCUAUCGCUUUCACUUGAACUACGAUGAUGAUGGUGAAGAUGGUGUUGGAAGUGUUGCUGAUUAAUAUUAAUUGGUUAUGAUUUGUCUCUCAGGGACGUGGCUCAUAUUAGUACAUGUGAUGAUGGAUGCUUGGCACUUGCUGACCUACUGGGCUGGAAGGUAAAUAUAUUGUACAUGCUUAGUAAAUACCCAUAUUCUAUGGACACAGUCAUGAUAAGAGUGCAACAGAGAUUGUUGAAUUAGAUGAAAGUUAGUUGAAAUCUUAAAGUAGUCUUUUUCUCUCUUUUUUCCUCUCACCACUCUCUCACUAUCCCUCCCUCCAUUAUCUCUUUUUCUCGAAGGCGGAGCUGGAAGAGAUGGUGAAACGGGAGCAUGAGAAGAUUAACAGCAAAGCCAAGGAGGAACAGGCCAAUCAGAGCUCUGGAGCUGCUGGGAAGGCGGAGUCAGGGAAGGCGGAGUCAGGGAAGGCGGAGGCAGGGAAGACUAAGAUAGAAUAACCAAUGAGACCGGCCGGCUCCAACCCAUCACUCUAGGCUUCAGUCUGGAAGCAGAGUUGCAUACAGUAACCAAGACUGUGCUCUUCAGUCUGUUUAACCAAGACUGUGCUCUACAGUCUGUUUUGGAUUUUCUUCCUUUAGUUUGCACUUUACUAACUUCUCUCUCCUCUCCAACCUAUGUUUGACAUAAACCCACCUCCUGACUCCUACUGUGUGUAUUGAUCUGUCUUUUGACAGUUCCCACAAAUGGAGUUUAUAGCAAUACACACUAAAACAAGCAUACUUUUCCUUCUGUGGGAGAGAACUACAGACACUGUGCUGUCAGCUUGCCAACUAGCUCUGUUGAGUCAAUUAGUUGAUGAAUAUAGACGUUACAAAGUAUAGAAGACAUGGCAGGGUAGCAAAGAUGAUGAAUGGCUGAUUCAUCCACUGAUGCAGUGACACAACUACUGUAAAUAGAAGGAAAAAUAUAUAUUAUACAAUUUUAUGUCAAUUACUAUUUAGAAUCGAUUAUAAUUAUGGAUUUGUUUUUCAUGACAUUGGUUUCUGUGCUCCUUGUUUCUAUGAAUUGUUUUAAUAUAAUUAUUUUUAACAAUGUGUUUUAAUCUAUUAAGCGUACCUGUGACAUUUGGUUUCUUUACUUCCUGUGGAUGUUGGCGUUGGGCGGUUUCUAUUUCAGCACGAAUUAUGCAGCAGGAAGUUGCUACAGUGGUGUGACAUGAUGUCGCAGUACAUCUGUGGUGUUGACCAAAUGCAGCUCCAUGCUUUCUAAAAGAUUGCGUGUGAUACUACAAGUAAAAACACAAAAUAAAGUGGCAAAGUCUCCCACUGAAGUUGGUAUUUUUCAUGCACAUACAGUAAGCAUUGAGCUCAAACACAGCUCAUACAACUGAUGUUGAUUAGUACAACUGAUGUUCUCUGUGUUGGGUGCAUGGGUUGUUUAUUUCUAUGUUGAAUGUAUUGUAGCCAUGAGUUGAACAGAAAAUACUAUUGCACACUUACAGUACAAUUAAAAGCCCACCUUUUAUUCUCAUGCAGCUUUGGACUGGCAGUG